AUUGUACCUAGGAUGUUGUUUUGAUUGAGGUACAUCUGUGCGCGUAAGGAAGCCUUUUCAGCCUGUGAUGCUUCUCUACCUGUGUACACUUACCUGGCAGCAGGGUAAGCCAGGCAAUAAAGGUGGAAACCCCUGCAAGUCUUGUCUUAUGUGGCCUUAGCUACAUCAAAUCAGGGCCUUAUCAUCACGUCAUAAGUCAACCCUCCAACGGAAAAAAAGGCUUUUUCUAAUUUAAUCCACCAGCCAACCAGGGACUGCUGGAGCCACUGAGGGAUUCCUCCCUGAUGAAAACCACUUUGCUUUUGAAGGAAAGCUGCACUGCUAGACAUGGACUAACCUCUACAACAACCCGCCCCCCAUACUCUGACCUGUGAUCUAUCUCUCUUUGUACCCGUGUCCAUUCAACCUCCCUCUUUUCAUACAAGACCUUCCUCCUCUUUGACUCUUUGUUCUCCUUGACCAUUCCCCCCAAUUGUCUCUUCUUGGUGUCUCUGGGCUUCCUGUCCCUUCUUGCUGCCAAGCUGGAUUUCCUGCAGAUGAAACAUCUGAAGAGGAAGAGGAAGAGCAACUACAGUGUGAGAGAAACACAGACUCUCAUCAGGGAGAUCCACAAGAGGACGGACGUGUUGUUCUCCAGACAGCAGAACACAGCCAUUAAUGAGCUGAAGAGACAGGCAUGGGAGGAAGUGGCACGAGGUGUUAAUUCUCUGGGAGAGGGAGAGCUACGCACUGCUGCAGAGGUGAAGCGUCGUUACCUGGACUGGCGUGCACUGAUGAAGAGAAAACAGCUUCGGGCUGAGCUCUCUCUCUCCUCCUCCUCAUCCUCAUCUGUGGCCCUGAAGAAUGAGUAUGAUCAGUCCUCCCCUGAGCAUGAGACGGCUUCUCUGGGAUCUGGGUGUGACCAGCUGCUUGACCUCUCAGGCCUCUCAAAGGAUUGCCACUGCGACUGGCCAGAGCUGGCGGCUCUCGGUGAGCCGAGCGGGCAGGCCAUGAUGGCACCGCUGGGUGUGAAGAUGGAGGAUGAUGUCAGUGAAUACAGACUGGAUGGUGAUGGUGAUAUGGGACACAGAGAAAUGGAUGAAGAUGAUAUUCCCUCCCUCCUCAGUGACAUUGUGUCACGUGGUGAGGGGCAUGUUGGUGAUGUUUACUCCCACAACGACUUGGGCAUGCUCAGCUCCUCCAAGGCUCCGACGUCUACCACCAACCGAGACGUGCCACUCGCUGGUGGCCUGAUGGGGAUGCCAGCCCAAGCUCUGGGUGGACUAAAUAAUCAUGAAAAUGUGGGGGCAGGUUUUCGUGUUGCUGUUGAGAAACAGCGACUGGAGCUGGAAAAACAGCGCUUGGCUGUGGAAACUGAACGUCUGGCAGUGGAGAAAGAGCGGCUGGUGGUGGAGAAGGAGCGACUUCGUCAGAUGGAGGUAGAGAGGGAACGGCUGCAGCUAGAGAGAGAGAGGUUACAGGUGGAGAGGGAGAGGCUGAGGCUUCUGCUCCUCAGCCAAUCAGAGUGUGUGGACUCCUCAUUUGACCUGCCGCCGCAACAAGGCCCUCCUUCGUCCUCCACGUCUUCUUUAUCUUCCACUCAUGAUGGACAGAGGGAGAGAGAGAAAGAAAGUAAAGGCUGGAUGCCAAUGGUGGAUCUGGAGACAGAAAGGCUAAAACUAGAGAAGGAGAGACUGCAGCUGGAGAAAGAGAGGCUGCAGUUCUUCAAAUUUGAGGCAGGCAGACUGCAGAUUGAGAGAGAACGCCUCCAAGUGGAGAAAGAGAGAAUGCAGCUGCAUCAAGGCCACUGGGAAAAGGACUGAUAAUAGAUAGAGGAAAAGAUGCACAUACAUUUUUCACCAGCAUCAGGGGAGCUUUAAUACUGAAAACAACCCAGAAUGUGUGGAUUUGCAUCAGCCGCUGCUGCAACUUUCAAGUUCCACACAUGUAUCCUUAAGGAAGAUGUUUGGCACUUGUAAAUUACUGGAAUUUGGUCAAGGACAAGAUUGAGAUGGAGGUCGAACAUAUUUAUGACCACCAAGAUAAAGCAGUGCCUUAUGAUGUCUUCAUAAAAUGCAUGACAGGACAGAAAAGGUGCCGUCAUAACAUCUAGCAUUUGUUUGGCAUACGCAGCUGGUUGGCCCUGAACAUAUUUGAUACAUAAAAUGUUCAGUACCUCAUCCAAAUACACAAUGCACAAAAUGUGCAGUUUAAAACAUCAGAUGCUGGGAUAUCAAUAGAACACAUGCGUACUAGACAUGUUUUAUAAUGGUAUAUAUGAAAGAAUGGAACUGGGAUGUCUUACUCUGCAUUUAUGCACCAAACCAGUGCCAACUUAUCUACUGCAUGGGUGCUUGUCUGUAAAAGAUAGCUUCCAACAUUAAAAAGAAAGCAAACAAUUGUUACUUUUACAGAGAGUUUUUUAUGCUAUUUAUGUUUUACUGUCAAGUGCUUGUGUUAAAAUAUUGUUUACAUGCUAAUGCUUAUAACUUGGUACAGUUGUCCACCUAUUUUAAACUGAUAUUUGCUAUUUUUCACAGCAGAUAUUUUAAUUUGUCAUAGCAUGAAAAGCACAGGUGUUACUAAUACCAUUAACAAUGGCUCUGUUCUAUUUACAUGUCCCAGUUAGCCAUGACAGUGAGCCAGCAUGCACAAUACCAGGAUUCUGAAACUGAAGUAGCUAAAUGGAAUUUGAAUAUUUAUACCUGUGUGUUUCCUACUGUGACAUGUCAAAAUGUUCCAUGAAAUAAGGCGUACUAAGAUUUGAUGUUUUCUCCAUUAAGAUUUGUGGACUUGGAAAAGAGCUUGAACAUCUGUGACGAGCAGCUACUGGAAGUUGGGGUGUGCAUGCUAGAAGAUGAAAGUGAAAUAUUCCAUUAAUGGCUAUUUGCUUUAGUUAUGUUGUGCUAUGAAUAUACUGUAGUAUUAUAUAGUGUUACUGGCUGCUAAAAACUGCGACUGUAUACUGAAGGUUAUGUCAUCCAACACAUCAAACACAAUAUACAAUGCCUUUUGAUUAUGUUGUAAACAAUCACCUCUUUUUUAAUGUUUGUCCUAAGUUACCACUAAUUUAUCAAUUUGCCCAGCAGCCCUAUAUUAUUAUUUCCAUAUAUUAUAAUUCUAUCUAUGAUAUGCAUAUAUUUGUAUGCUAUUUAACAGUUGUUUUUAUGAUUUCUUACUCAGUCCGUACUUCCCUGUUGAUACAUUUUUAAAAUAAAGUUAGUUGAAAAAAGAAAUGUG